UUGUAUGGGCCCGCCCUGCAGCUGAAAACCCAUGGUGAUGCUAUCGGGCCGGCUGCACUAGAGUUAUUCGGCCCGCUGGAAUCCUAAGCCUAAAAAGCCCAUCUAGGCAUCUCAUCUACCUCAAACCGGCCACAAAGCCCAGCCCAGCCCAUCCAACAAAAGCCCAACCCAGCCCGGGACGCGAUCAGAUUCCCCCUUCCCCUCCACCUUCCCUCUUCGCCCUCCGCCUCGAUUCAAAUCCCGCUGCCUCCGCCUCCGCCUCACCACAGUACUCACCUCCUCUUUCCAUUCCCGUUGCUCCCCGCCCGGAGCCCCAAACCCUAGCUAUCCGGCCCGAACCCUCGUUUGCGGCGUUGGCUGGGGCCGCACGUGCGCGGUGGGCUUCCUCCUCCUCGGCGCCGAAGUCGCCAUGGGCUGCUUCCUCUCCUGCUUCCCCCGCGGCGGGCCCGAUCAGUCAGGCGAUCUCCGCGAUCCGCUCGUGCGAGAGAGCCGCCUCGGGGACGCCUUCCUGGAUGACGAGAAGAAAUUUGAAGCGAGUGGAAGGCAGGAGGAGGACGCGGCUAACAGUGGAGGCGUCGACGAGGAGCUCCGGCGAGAGGCAAAUUAUCUCAAAUCCUGUGGCACGAUAUCACAGACCCCACCGGAAAUUCUAGAAGUUUCAAGCCCAAUCAGUUCAGAAGAUACUAAUGAGCUGAUGAAAGAGACAUCGCUACUCGAAGGGAACUUUUCUGAAGUGUUCAAUUCUGAUGAGCAUGAUAUUUUGAAGCAUGUACAGAACAUUGAUGCAGCUACUCUCAUGGGGGAAUCAGAACCUCGAUCAUCCUUUCAGGACAAGCCUUCGUGUCAGAAUGUCCAAAACCAGAGGAGUGAUUCUAGUGAUUCACCUUAUCCAACUCCUUUGGUUCUCAGAGGUGACUUCCAGACUCCUGGAACAGUAUAUACUGCAUGUAAGGGGACUUCAAAGUCUGGAAAGCGUGCAAGGGCUAGCAGACAGUUCAUCUAUCCUGUUCUGAGACCCAUCGAGAACAAACUGCAGUGGAUGGAACUAAGAGUGGACUCGCCUGAGCUAUCAUCAAAUCCUCCAAAAAGAAGGUACUUGAACGCAGAUUCUAGCGAGAAGUGUCAGCAAACUUUUGCAAGUUCAACGGCUACACAGACAGAAUCAUCAAAAUAUGUAUCCUUCCCAUUUCAUGACAACUGCGCAGCGCAAGAUGAAUUUAUAUCUCCAGAGGAAGCCAAGGGUCAGAACGGUAACCAACAGCCGUUAGAAGGUGGAGAACUGCUGAAACAAGAUUCAGAAUGUGGAAAGCAUGGUGUUUCAAGCCUGUCAUAUUGGCUGAGGCCUUCAUCUGCAGAUGGUGAGAGCCACAGUGACACUAACGGCAACGUUGGGAAGGAACCAGAACCAUGCUAUGAGAAGAGCGUUUUUGAGGUUCCUAUCUUUCCAGCUUUUGGUUUGAACUGGGACAAUGACAAUCCUACUCCUGUGUUGCCCAAGGCGUGGGACGGUAAUGGGAUUCCAAACACCACAACCAAGUACAAAGAGGACCAGAAAGUCAGCUGGCAUGCCACGCCGUUUGAAGAAAGGCUGUUGAAGGUUUUGUCGGAUGAGAAACCACUCCAUGAAAGCAGGAACAUCAGUGGAAAGCUGAUCCACCUGGAGGAAAACGCUGAGUAGAGAGCCUUGCAAGUUGCACACUGCGUCCUCCCACAUGAUCAACAGUCUGAAAGGGUACAAGCGUUGGCCAAUCCAGCAUGAACUUCCCAGGCCGUGCAUGAUGUCACCUGCAUGGCAUCUGUAAAUAUAGCGUCUGAAAUACAUUAUUUCCAACUUCAGUCCGCAAUGUUGCGUAAAUCCAGGAACCAGUCCUUAGCUGUCAACUGGCUAUUGGAUGCUCCUCGCUGAACAAGUUUUGCUUUAUAGAGAGAAAAAAGCCUGGUACAUGCGACCGUGAAGAUCAACUGUCGAUUGAUGUUUGGUGUCAAACAAUAAAAGAAAGAGCUUUGCUUAGCCUUUUUCC